AGCUAAGAAGACUGCACUGAUUUAUAUACACUGUACGAUAGUACAUAUCGGUUUCUUGUUGUUUGGCUGUGGGAAAUGUUCCAACGAGAAUUGAGAGCAACAUGGGAGCAAUGCCCACACAAGGGACGGUACCUAAAUGUUCGUACACGUUUUUGAAACUUCAGAUCGUAGCUUUGUGCUGUUUAGCAUUCUGGUUAUUUUACUCUCCACCCAAACUGGAUUAUUUGAGACAUAACUUACUUCCAGCGAGAACACCAUUGGUUUCUUCGACCCAAAAUAUUGAUGGCGGGUCUCGUCUGUUUCACGCUUCAUCGUUCCAUGGAGCAGCACGGGAUGAAACUUCCCAAUUAUCGAGCACAACAACGAAGUCAAGUGCAGAGGGUAGAGAUCAUGUGACAUCAACCAUUCCUACUCAUUUACAGAAUAUAACAUACACCUCUGAUGAAGUAGAAGAUGAUGUGCCCCAUGAAGACCACGAUGGCUUUGAAUUGAAGCCAAAUAAAUGGUUCAUAAAAUGGCAAGACAGGGACUUUUCUCUUCCCAAUAAAUCUAAGAAGUUACCAAUCACUGAAGGAUAUACAUGGAAGGAUUCAGAAGAAGAGGUAGGGUGUGGCAAAUUUUAUGAUGAUGAUGAUGAUGAUGAUGAUGGUGAUGAUGAUGAUGGGGAUGAUGAUGAUUCCGGAUCAAAAACAUUCUGACAUGACUCAGGCCUAUAUAUAUGUAUUUGUUCAGUACAAGAUGUGCAUUUCAAUAUUGCUUUGUUGCUAUGAGGCCUUGUAGAAAAAAGUGAUACAAGUCAAAUUCUUCCAAGAAAUAUUUAUUAUGGUAAUGAUAGUGAUUAUUGCAACUUUAAUGGAAUCAUAAUGUCAAUGAUCUAGUAAGAAUGAAAAUUGUGAUCAAUAGUAGGCUACUUUAUCAUUUAAGAUUAAGUAGUAGUAAUUUUUCAUGAUAAUAUUAACAACAGGCAUUUUGCCUCCGACGAAGAUUCUGCUAGGAUCGAAAGCUUAGGCCCCUUUUGACUCUCUCUAAUAUUAACAACAGUAAUAAAGAUUAGAACAAUAAUGGUGGUCAAAAUAUCAGUCUUAUUUUAGAAUAUUUAUACAUUAAGAUACAAUCAGUAAAAAAUAGUUACCAUAUUAACCAUUAACAAUGAUGAAAACAUUGUUGCUUGCUGAAGAAGCCUAUCUAUCUCUCCCCCUGCACUCCUCUUUCUUUUAUCAAAAGAACAAACCUUGUUCACAGUGUUCAAGAUCAUUGGUUUCUUUUGUUCAGAUUUCAAUCAUGUUUGCACCUCUUUAUUCUCAAGAACACAAACAAACCAUUCAUUCAAUGUACACUUACUUUGUGGGACUCUGUCUCUUGUAGGAAAUAGGGUGUUAACAUGUUCAAUGCUAUCAAAGUCUUUGUGUGUGUUUGUGUGCUGCACAAACACACUGUAUAGAUGCUCAAUUGAGUGGAUAAUUGUUGAGUACAGACCUGUAAGCUUAUUUCCUUUAUAAAUGUUUCCUGUUGUUUUGAUUUGUUAUUACUUUUGUAUUGCCCUGGUUUGUACUAUGCCAAGUCAACAAAUGCAAGAUUUGCAAGAUUUUAUGACUUGAAAUUUUGCCUAAAGGUAGCUGUUAAUACAGGUAUAAUAGUCAUUUCUUUGGUAAAGGGGCAAUUAUGUGAAUUAUUAACAACAUCAGACAUCUGAGCAGGGCAACUUUAGUACAUUAUUGCCUGCUUAUGACUGUGAUCAAAUUUAAAUAUGGUAUUUUUCAUAACCAUUCAAGCACUUGCUCUAUAUUAAAUGGAUAGCUACUGACAAAGAAUGAAAUUAUCAGCCCCCUUUCCGUGCUGGAGGUGUUUUAUAUAAACAAGAAAUCCUAUUAUGAUUGGCUAACUUGAUUGAAUUAGAUACUGAUGUAAAAUUGGAAAAUUCAUCCAAUUACAUUUUUAUGUCCUUCACACCAUGCACCCCAACAGUCUAAGAAUGAAAUGGAAUGCACAAGUUCUGGAGAGAUUUUUUACCAAAACUAAAGGCAGGUUUAAAACAAAAUCAUGAAAAAUGCUUCAGACAUGUAAAAAGAGAUGAGAUAGGACCAAUAUAUCUACAAGACAGAAAUCUUAUAUCACUUUGCUCAUAUAGUGCACAACGAAUGAAAAGAAAAUUGUAAACAUUCUUUUUUAUUACAAAAGGUGUCAAAAAGAUUGAAUUAUAACAUAUUAUAGGAAGAUUUUAAAGCAAAACACACAC